CACACUGCCAGGGCUACAGCCCACCGCCUCAGUUAAACAUUAGGAGGGUAGCGGUGAUCCAACAUCCAUGAUGUUAGACAACGAUGAAUUCAUAUUGGAGACUUCCCCGCGGGAGCUCACCCAAAACCCGCUUAGGAAGAUCUGGAUGCCGUGCAAAAACGGGCACAUAGCUCAGAGACGGGUGUGUAUGACAAACUGUCCGACCCUUAUUGUAACUGUUGGACUUCCAGCUCGAGGGAAGACUUACAUUUCAAAGAAGCUCACACGCUACUUAAACUGGAUAGGUGUGCCAACCAAAGAGUUCAACGUUGGCCAGUACCGGAGGGAGUGUCUAAAGAUCUACAAGUCCUUUGAGUUCUUCCGUCCAGAUAAUGAAGAGGGGUUAAAAAUCAGACGCCAGUGUGCGUUGGCAGCACUUAAUGAUGUUCGGCAGUACCUAAGUGUGGAAGGAGGACAGGUGGCGGUGUUUGAUGCCACAAAUACAACAAGAGAAAGACGAGGAACCAUCAUCAAGUUCGCUGAGCAGAAUGGAUUCAAAGUAUUUUUUGUGGAGUCUGUGUGUGAGGACCCAGAUGUUAUUGCACAAAACAUAGUGCAAGUUAAGUUGGACAGCCCAGACUACACACACUGCAACACAGAGGAGGUCAUUGAGGACUUCAUGAAGAGGAUCAAGUGUUACGAGUCCUCCUACCAGCCUCUGGACGAGGUUCUGGACAGGGAUCUGUCCUACAUAAAGAUCAUGGACGUGGGCUGUCGUUACCUGGUGAACCGCGUCCUUGACCACAUCCAAAGCCGAAUCGUCUACUACCUGAUGAACAUUCACAUCACGCCACGCUCCAUUUACCUGUGUCGCCACGGGGAGAGCGACCUCAACAUCAAGGGACGGAUCGGAGGAGACUCUGGCUUGUCCGCCAGGGGAAAAGAGUUUGCCAAAAGUCUGAGGAAAUUCAUCCAGGACCAGAACAUCAAAGAUCUGAAAGUGUGGACCAGCCAGAUGAAGAGGACGAUUCAGACAGCGGAGUGCCUGGGAGUGCCAUACGAACAAUGGAAGUCCCUCAACGAAAUAGAUGCUGGUGUGUGUGAGGAAAUGAUGUACGAGGAGAUCCAAGAGCAUUACCCUCUGGAGUUUGCACUGAGAGACCAAGACAAGUACCGCUACCGCUAUCCUAAAGGAGAGUCUUAUGAAGACUUGGUGCAGCGACUGGAGCCUGUGAUCAUGGAGUUGGAGAGACAGGAGAAUAUUCUGGUCGUUUGUCACCAGGCCGUCAUGCGUUGUCUUCUUGCAUAUUUCCUGGACAAGAAUGCAGAUGAGUUGCCUUACCUUAAGUGUCCUUUGCACACGGUUUUGAAGUUGACCCCCAUGGCUUACGGAUGUAAAGUGGAGUCUGUCUAUUUAGGCGUGGAUUCUGUGAACACACAAAGAGACAGGCCAGAGAGAAUGUAAAUCUUUCACACAUGGCAGAGGAAACCGUGUUCAGUCUCCAUCUACCAGUGAUCCCUGACAGCAAUCAAGACAACUGUGACAUCACUUUCCAUUGACACCCCUACCUCCAUCCUGUCAGCAAUGACUUUUCUCUCAUUUAAUUUUUUGCCUUUCAGUCGGAGCAGAAAUAGGCUUUUUCCUACAUUGGUCUUGAGAGCUCAACGCACUGCAACUUCAGAAAACACAUUGAAUAAGACAAAAUGCUAAGAAAACACAAACCUGCACAUGUCACAGAACACAAUGGAAAUUAGUAAAACAAAAGGGGCUGGCUAUAUUAACCUCUUAGCAUUCCACCCCCUUUUUAAUAGGGGUGGGAUGUUCAGGGGUAGAUUAAAGGUCAACAGUAUACGCCACAUAGAAAUGGUGUACAUCAUCUGAAAGCUGGGAAACUGAAGAUAAAUUGGAGAUGCAGGUCAGCACUGUGUGUCAGGUUGUUCUAGUCAAAAAUCAGAAAUAAAAAAUUAUUAGGGCGACCCAAUAGCCGUGUGAUUAGGGUGCAUACCACAUGGGUGCAAAUGCCCUGGGCAAUUAGUCGCUGGUUCGAUUCCCAGCUGGCCGGACCGUUUGCUGCAUGUUAUUCCCCUGCUCUCUUUUCACACAUUUCCACUAUCAAAUAAAGGCAUAAAAUGCCUAACAAAUCUUCUUUAAAAAAUAAAAUAAUUGUGAAGGUGUAUAAGGGUUCAGAACAUUAUGAUUGAAGUGUAUGAUGGCAUAGCUACUAUGCUCACUUAUGUUUCAUAAGUUGUUGCAGCAAUUUUUGGGUUGAUACCAUUUGUUACACAGAUUUGAUGCUAAAUUGAACCAUUGUUUACCACUUGAAAAUUGAUAAAAAUGGGUCGGACAUUCCUCCAUAACACCACAUUAAGGCACCAAAACCUUGAGGAACAGCAUAGAAAAAUGUAUGCUGUGAUUUUGGUUGUUUUCUCCAUUUGCUUGUGUUUUGACUAGUUGCAGGGCGCUGAGGUUUUUUUCUCCCCUUUACAUUUUUGUAGGGUUAGGGUUAGCGCACUUGUGCAUCUAUAUUUGUUAGGACCAAUUUGACUUAGACCUUGGGAGUGAGGACAUUUGGGCUGGACCUUUUUAAAGGGCCGUUUGAGGGUCCAGACUUGGUUUUAGAGUCAAGGUUAGAAUUAGGUUUAAAUUCAGUUUACGGUAAGGGGCUAGGGAAUGCAUUGUCAAUGAGGUUCCUCACAAGUAUAGAAGUAUAUGUAGCCCGUAUAAGCCAUUGUACAUAUCAGCUUUCUCAUUUGAUUUUUUUCUGUGCAUGCGUGCGUGUGUAAAUCUGUCUUUAAAUACCAUGUAGUUUGUUUGUUUUUUAACAAUGAAUGUUACCCUGAUUUAAUUAAAAUAAGUUUUUUAUACUUCUGCAUACAAAUGACAAAUAUAUUUACCUCAACAUGCUGCAUAUGAAUUGACGCACAAUAUAAUUUUCAUUGCAGUUUACAAGUUUUUUUUAAGCUAAUCUUUGUAUCUAUGUUAACACUUGUUUACUGUUUAAAUGUAAAGGGUUAAUGUGAAAUGCCCACCAAAAUUUGAAUCACUAACCUCCGCUCAAAUCAAGACGUUCACUGUUUACUAUAACAUCAUUAAUAGUGUUAACUGGUUGUUGGAGAACACACAUGCUUAAAUUAUUUCAUCAAAUGUAAACUAACAGAUUUUUUUGUGUUUGUGAAGGUUAUUAUAAAUAUAAAAAAUCCAAAUUGGAAAAAUAAACACUU